AUGGAACCAGCAGACUAUUCCGACUAUCUUGACGGCCUCCAAAGCCUCGAUCAAGUUAGCAAUUGGUUGGACGAUCAGUUACAACCAGGUGGUGACUCCCUCAGUUCAGAAAGGCGUUCUGUAUCAGUUGCCAACACGUCGUCAAACACUCAGCGAGGAGGUAUCGAUCCCAAGGACGAAGCCGACAACGACAAUGAUGGCGAAGAUUUCAAGAACAAGUCAAAGCCUACUAAUACCCGCGGAGGAAAUAAGCGAAAGGCAGCGACCGCUGAUGCCCCCGAUAAAUAUGCGCGAUUAGUUUCAAAAUCAAAUAAGCUAUCGUUAACGUGGAACGCUUCAAAUACCAGCCUUGCGGUUUUCAAAGAGGCCGUGCUUGAAGUCCUCCGUGUGCUCGAACCGGAUCAGGUGUUUCGACUUGCGGACAAGCAAGAGAAGGAGAACAACCUCUGCUGGUACGCAAUUAUCCCUUACGGUGGACAAUUCAUCGAGAAGAAUCAAACUGUGUUGGACAACUCCAAAAUAUUCGCGAGGUUUCUUGAAGUGGCCGAGGCAAAGGGGGAAGCAAAGGUCUACUUGGUCCAAAAUGACCCCAAGACGAUUGCGGAGCGCAAUGAGGCUUUAAAACAAUUAUCGGAGCAGGACAAGGAGAACAACGACGACCAAUCUGCGCAAGCGGAGGCGACGGCCGGUGCAAGUUUCAACAAACAGGUGAUCGAGAAUAUGUGGUUGCUCAGAGCAACACAUAUGCCGAGUGAGAAAUUGACAGGGUCAAUGGAGCUUCCAGUUAUGAUUGACCCCGAUGAUCCCAAGCGGUUCAUUGCACUCAGUCCGGAUCGAAUUACCCUCUGGGCCAGAGCAAUGGCUACCAACCCCGAAGUCACAGUAGACAAUCCCCCAAAAUCUCCUGCCUUCCGAUUCCAGACCAAAGCCGAAUUCAAGGGAAUUGCCGGUGCCGAAGAAGAAGGUGAAAAUUCGAUCAAUGUCGGCGCGAGGACCACUCAAGAUUCGCCUAGUGUGCCUAGAACUCCUGGAAGCAACAGAAGCCCUGGUGGUAUCGCAUCGGCGGCGGGUUCUACGAUGUCCCCGAUCCAAAUGGCGAUGGGGGCCUAUCCACCGGCAAUGAGUUGGCCACCGGCCUCCCCUUGGGGAUGGGGCCCUCCCAACCCAAACUUCUAUGUCCCAUACGGUGGGAUGCCAGGUGAGACUCCACCCGGAUGGCAGCCCAACCCUUUUAUCACGCACAAUCCUCAUCUGGCUGCAGGGACUAUGAACACUGGCCCUGUUUCUUCGCCGCCUGCUUCGGACGACACUGUGGACAUCAAUGAUUACUUAUCAUUCUGCCACAUCGAUCAUCAUUGUGAAUCGGUACAAAAGGCACUUGUCGAUUACGGGAUCACUCAUUAUCAAGAAUUUGAGAACAUCAAACCUGAAGAGCUCGAAUCGUUCGGUGUGAAAAAGAGCAAAGCGAGAUUGCUUGUCUCGAACACCAAAAAGUACGGACGCACUCUUAAAAAGCGCCGCCUCAACAAGUAG